UUGUGCAUAGUAAAUGCUACCUUUCUUUUCUGUUUCUCAGACUUCAUUGUUAAGAUCGCCAGCAUUGAUGACGCGGAUUGGCGAAAUCAAGUUAAUUUGGCGUUCAGAGCUGUUCCUACGUUUAAGGAAGAAGAUGAAAAGUUUAUAUGGACUGUCAUCGCUAGCGUACUUCAUCUCGGUAAUAUCGAAUUUGUACCAUCAGCAGACCAGGAGAACUGUUCAGUUAAACCUUCUGAUGAUGCUGUUUGGGCUGCAAAGCUGCUCGAGGUGUCAGAAAAUGAUUUGUGGCAGGCGCUAUGUUACCGUGUUGUUGCUGCUCGUUCAGAAGUGAUGCGCACAGGUCACAACGUGGAAACCGCGCAGCGAGGAAAGGACGCCUUAGCUAAGGCAAUAUACGAACGCCUGUUUUGCUGGAUCAUCGCUAAAGUGAACGAGGCAUUAGCGUUUUCUCCGGGAAUAAACCAAAAGAGCGGUUCAGUGAUUGGCGUGCUGGACAUUUACGGAUUCGAAAUCUUUCAAGAAAACAGUUUCGAACAAUUUUGCAUCAAUUACUGCAACGAAAAACUACAGCAGCUGUUCAUCAAUUUGGUGUUGAAACAAGAGCAGGAAGAGUACCAGCGGGAGGGUAUCAGUUGGCAAGAGAUCAAAUACUUUAACAACAAGGUGAUAUGUGACAUGAUCGAGAAACCAUCGCGGAGCAUUAUUGCAUCGUUGGAUGAUGCUUGCAAGUCGCCGGGUGAAGUCACCGACAAGAUGGUACUCGAGUCGAUGAACGAGCAUCUUAAGGAGAAUCCGUACUUCAAAACGCGUGCCAUCGACGAAGCGGACAAAUCCUUGCAGUUCCAGAUCGAUUUUCGGAUCAAGCAUUAUGCUGGUGAUGUCAACUACUGUAUUCUCGGCUUCUCUGAAAAGAACAAAGACCCGUUAUUUCAAGAUUUUAAGAGACUUUUGUUCAACAGCAAAAAUCCGUUACUUUCUAACCUGUUUCCCGAUGGCGCCAUGCGAAUCACGGAGAUUACCAAAAGGCCACAGACAAGCGCUUCACGGUUCCGCGAUUCUAUGAACCGACUGGUAGACAUUCUUACGUCGAAAGUGCCGUUCUAUAUCCGCUGCAUCAAACCCAACGACAACAUGAUGCCGUUCCUUUUCGACGACAAUCGGGUGGAACACCAGAUUGCCUAUCUCGGCCUGAUCGAGAACAUUCGCGUUCGCCGAGCUGGCUUCGCGUAUCGCAUAUCCUAUGACCGAUUUAUCAAGAGGUACGUGUAUUAUAAGGCCAUCUUUGAUUUUAAACUUGAUAAUAUUUUUUUGUACGGUACGAUAUUUGUACUAAGUUUAUGUUAGUC